GAGCAGAACAGCCAGGCUAGAGGAAGUGGCAAGAACAAAUUGUUGAACUUCUGGAGGGACAGGCGGGGACGGUUCCCUUCUCUUCAGCAGUGGCUGUACUGUAAAGCUGUGCUCCUAGUUCAAGUAUACUUCUGCAGACACUAGAAAAGUGACCUGGACUGUGUUUUGAUUUGAGGUUGGUGCAUGUGAUACUUCAAAAGAUUUAGUGUCAAGGAUCAUACCUGAGUGGGCUGCGCUCACCCUACUGCAGGAAUUCCAAAAUGAUCGCACAGACCAUAGUGGAGUGGAGAAAUACGAAUUUUGCGGAUGAAUCCUGUGGCCUGCAAUGACACUGGGCUGGCUCAUCUAUACCUCUUCUCACUGUUGCAAUCCACCACCCUGUCAGAGAAGGAACCUGCCAAAACCAACCUUUAUAUUGUUGUAUGACUUCUUCCAAACUUCCCUUUGGAGCUUGGCGGGUGCAGGAGAGUUUUGAGAAGAAAAUGCUGUGACCCAGGAUUAUUCAUAAUUACUUGUAAUGUAUAUCUAUGAAGAUCAGUGGAGGAAUACACAAAUCAAUAAGAGUUAAUCCCAGGAAAUGAGAUUCAAGCUUAUGGAAAGGAGUUAAGAGACUUGCAAAAUAAUAAUAAUAAUAAAAAACCAAAACCUGAGAAAACCAACAAACAAAAAACCUGCCAAAAACUCCUAUCUGCACAGAUACAAGUUGAUCUAAAGGUUCAAGCAUAGAGCUGGCGAUGAAUUGCCCAUGGUUUUGGGGAGGCUAACUCUUUUGCUUCUGGUUGCAUUGGAAAUCCUGAAGUUAAUGCUCAUGAGAAGUAAAACUGGAGAGCGUGGGUUGCUUGGUGUGCCUAAAGAUCGCAGAGGCAGCGGCAAAAAGACAGAACUUCUUGAAGCAGUAGCUUCAGCUGUGUCUUAUUGUGUGCACUGGGAACUGAGAAAAACAGCAGCCAGCCUGGGAGAAAAUGCCAGCUAAAGGUAAAUACUUCUUCAAUGAAAAUGACGACUGCAGGCUAUCAGACCCACUCUAUGAGAAGUACCGCUACACAAGCCAGCAGCAUCCACUGCUGCUACUGCUGCUCUUCAUUGCAGUCAUCUUCUGGACUACUCUUAUUAUAAUCUUCUUUGUCAUUGAUGAAGCACCUUAUCAUCUUGCCUUCAUUAUUGCAGUAUGUGCUGCUCUUGUCAUAUUUGCAGUCAUGUACUUACUUUUAUGUAUUGAAUCCCUGUUUCGGAGAUGGCUAACAUUAUUUGGAGUUACGAUUUGGAUUUGCUUCUUAAUCAUAGGAUAUGUAUCACUUUUUGAAAAAGAAAAUGAUUAUCAGUCGUGGGAACAGGUGCCAUUCUUUCUCUUCAUAAUCUUCACAGUUUAUACCAUGCUACCCUUUGGGAUGCGAGGUGCUGUCAUAAUUAGCGUUAUUUCUGCUCUCUCCCAUAUUAUUGUUCUAAGCAUUGUGGUAAGCAUGACUUCUCAGGAAAAUAAGGAAUCCAUUCUAUUUCAGCUGCUUGCCAAUGCUGUCAUUUUUCUUUGUGGUAACUUGAUGGGUGCAUUUCACAAACGCCAAAUGCAGGUUGCUUCGUGGGAUUUGUAUAGAUACACAUUAAAGUGCAUUCAGGUCCGAAUGAAAUUGAAGAUUGAAAAGAGGCAACAAGAAAAUUUGCUUUUAUCCAUACUGCCAGCUCAUAUCUCAAUGGAAAUGAAGCUAGCAAUCAUAGAACGACUAAAGGAAACUAAUGAUAAUAGGCAAAUGCAUGACAACAACUUCCACAGUCUAUAUGUAAAAAGGCACCAAAAUGUUAGCAUUCUUUAUGCAGACAUUGUAGGAUUUACUCGCCUUGCCAGUGACUGCUCUCCUAAGGAACUAGUAGUGAUGCUGAAUGAACUUUUUGGAAAGUUUGAUCAGAUUGCAAAGGAGAAUGAAUGCAUGAGAAUAAAAAUCCUGGGAGACUGUUACUACUGUGUCUCAGGUCUACCCGUGUCCUUACCAGUUCAUGCCAGGAACUGUGUUAAAAUGGGACUCGACAUGUGCGAAGCAAUAAAGCAGGUGAGAGAAGCCACAGGAGUGGAUAUCAACAUGCGGGUUGGUAUUCAUUCUGGGAACGUGCUGUGUGGCGUGAUCGGCCUGCGUAAGUGGCAGUAUGACGUCUGGUCACACGACGUGUCCUUGGCGAACCGCAUGGAGUCUGCGGGUGUACCUGGCCGUGUACACAUCACUGAAGCAACAUUAAAUCACUUAGGCAAAGCUUAUGAAGUAGAAGAAGGCAAUGGACACCUGAGGGAUCCUUACCUUGAAUCCAUGAAUAUCAAAACCUACUUGGUGGUUGAUCCAAGGUCCAAACAAUGCAUAUCAAAUAAUCAUCUCCCUAAAACAAGAGUUAAUGACGGGCUGAAGAUGCGAGCCUCUGUUCGGAUGACGCGUUAUUUAGAGUCCUGGGGAGCAGCCCGGCCAUUUGCCCACCUGAACCACAGAGAAAGCGUGAGCAGUGACUCUUCAGCUUCACAAGGAAGGCGAAGAAAGGAAAUACCUUUGUGUUCCACUGGGCGCCAGAGAACUUCAGAUAGAAAUUCAUCUCAGAAGGGAAGGAUAGAGGAAGAUAUUUAUGAUGAAAUGAUGUCAACCAUUGAGGGCCUGAGUUCAACUAAUCCAUGGUGUGGCAAAUCGGAUGACUUCUGGGGAUUUUCACUGAUUUUUGCAGAACCCGGUCUUGAAAAAGAGUAUCGCACCAUUCCUAUUCUAAAACUGAAGAGUUACUUCGCAUGUGCCAGUUUUGUGUUCCUCUGUAUAUUUCUGAUACAGAUGCUUAUAAUGCCAAAAACUGCAAAGCUAGGAAUUUCCUUUGGCAUUGUUGCAGUCAUCAUUGUACUUACUUUGUUUCUGUGCUUUGCUGAGAAAUGUAUGAAGUGCUGCUCGCAACAGUGGCCUUUCCUGCGCCAUCUCUGUGCAAUCUCGGAGAAGGUGGAAACAAUGCCGUUACUUAGGCUUCCUUUAGCAGUCAUCACUAUCGGUGCCUUGCUGAUUAUAGCCAUUUUUAAUUUGACUACUGAAAAGAACAAACCUGCAAACUUUACUGGAUCAAAUGACCUGUGUGCUACCACCUAUCCUUUUGGAAACACAACUCAAUCCUGUGUUGAGGAAACUUAUUAUGCUUACUGCUGCAUAUUGGGGUUCAUUGCUUGCUCGGUGUUUCUUCAAAUGAGCUUCGAACUCAAAGUUCUCCUCCUGUCCAUUGCUGUGACCGUAUACCUCGUCAUUUUUAAUACCCUUCAGUAUAGAAACAUGAGCUUCUAUGGCAACAGUACCAGGCUUUUCAUCAAAGAGCCAAGGAUAAUGACUAAUUUAUAUCUGGUUCUGUUUUACAUAACCCUAAUUUUACUUGCAAAACAGAUUGAUUAUUACUGUCGACUGGAUUGCCUGUGGAAGAAUAAGUUUAAAAAAGAACAUGAACAGUUCGAAACGAUGGAGAAUGUGAACAGGCUUUUGCUGGAAAAUGUACUUCCAGCACAUGUUGCUGCAUAUUUCAUUGGUGAGAAACGAAAUGAGGACUGGUACCAUCAAUCUUACGACUGUGUCUGUGUCAUGUUUGCAUCAGUACCAGAUUUUAAGGUGUUUUAUACUGAAUGUGAUGUCAAUAAAGAAGGCCUGGAAUGCUUGCGGCUGUUAAAUGAAAUUAUUGCUGAUUUUGAUGAGCUCUUGUUAAAACCUAAAUUUAGUGGUGUUGAAAAAAUAAAAACCAUUGGAAGCACUUACAUGGCAGCAGCUGGUCUCAGUGUUACGCCAGGCCAAGAGAACAACCAGGAUAGGGAAAGACAGCAUGCUCACAUUGGGAUUAUGGUGGAAUAUGGAAUUGCCUUGAUGAGUAAACUGGAUGGCAUCAACCGACAUUCCUUUAACAAUUUCCGCUUACGUAUUGGGAUCAAUCAUGGCCCUGUGAUUGCUGGUGUGAUCGGUGCCCGGAAGCCUCAGUACGAUAUUUGGGGCAACACCGUGAAUGUUGCUAGCCGAAUGGAGAGCACGGGGGAACUUGGGAAAAUCCAGGUUACAGAAGAAACAAGUAAAAUACUACAGGAGUUGGGCUAUUCGUGUGAAUGUAGGGGACUCAUUAAUGUCAAAGGCAAGGGAGAACUAAGGACUUACUUUGUUUGCACUGAGACUGCCAAAUUCCAAGGUAUGGGACUGAACUGAGGCUACGACGAAGUUAAUCAAAAUAGGCUUAGAACUGCCUCCCUUCUGUGAAGAAUUAGAAUUUCCCUCCUUAUGUGAAGGACUUUAUUCUAAAAGCAUAUAUAUAUAUACGGUUCCUAUUUCUUCUACAUCUCAAGAGAAUGGUAUUAUUAUUUUUUUUUUAAAUUGAAAGAAGUUCUGACAAGUCCCUGGAAAACACGCAACCGCCAGUCUGAAAAGGACUACCUUUUCCUGAAAUAAUCUGAGGAUUUACCUGGAAUUGCCAUGAAGCAUUUCUGUUAGUUCCUUUCCUUACCUGCACUGUGGGAGUCUGAACAGCUCCGGUGACAGCAUACGUGGAUGCACUGUAGAACUUGUUACCGCGUUGAAACAUUCCACUGCUUCAUUCUUUGACACACCCCUGCUUACAGUAUUGCCUCUGUCACAGACGUGUGGGACGAUGCUCUGGGCGCUGCUGCGUAAGCCCGCUUUUAAUAAUGCUAAACAGACUUCACAGCAGAAGACGGCUGAGUAAUGGAAAGAGGAACGCGAGUAAACUCACAAAUAUAUCGUAUGAUAAUUGCGCUGGGCACCUUUUGAAAAAAAAAUAUUAAUUGCACAGUAUCAGAUGACUUUUUUAUUGCCUUUGCCUCCUCCAUAGCAUACCUUGUAUUAUGCAAAUGUUUUCAUGACCAACAGCUGUUUAGAAAUAACUUUCAUCUAGUUCAGAGUGUUUACAUUAUAUUACGUGUUCUCCUUUGUAUUUCUGUGCCUCUGUAUUUAGUGUCUGCAUGUGCAUUUUGUAGUCACGUAAGAGAACGUCUUCAGAAUUCUGGCUUUAAAUUUCAAACCCCUGCCCGACCUUGAGGAGCGCUGAGCACCUGCAGCUUGUCCUGCAUGCUCGGUCAGACAGGCUCCGAGAACAGCUUGUGUCGCUGACACCCGGCAGGCAUUCUGCGUGCUGACUGCAUUCUUGAGGGCACUUACGGAAGAAAAAAUAAUGUUUUCAAUUAUUUGGAAACAAGAACAGAACGGAGAAGACAGUAUUAGAAACAGCAGCAGGUACCGUACCAAUGGAACCGCAUCUGAGGUGGGAUUGGGGUGGUUUUUCCUCUUCUUUUUUCUUCAAAUUGAGUAGCCACUGGCUGGUUUGUGUACCUUUUAAAGGCGGUGCAGUUUAUGAAACAAAUUGGUUUUGAAGGUUACAAAAGAAUGUACGGAAAAAAACAUUCGUAAUGGAAGUGUUUCAGCAGAGCCUCAAUACGGAAAGUACGCGUAGGGUGUUAGUAUGCUCACGGAAACUGACUGGCUGUAAGGUAGUUUAGUUUGUAGUUUUCAAGCUGUUAAUGGCUUUUUCUAAUUUCUCAAUUAGCGUUUUUCUACUUCCUGCAAUCACUUAGUCUGCUUUCUGCUGGUGGAGACGGUCGUAUUUUGUCAGGCUAACAUCUCGUGCCCAAUUACAUGUGUUAACUAGGGAUGGAUUCCCCCCUCCCCCCGCUACACCACCUGCGGUAUGACGGAGCAGCACAGUGAUUCAGUUCUACGCCUAUUUUGUUCAGCCUUACUCUUCUGCAAAGCUGCAUUUACUAAAUUUUCUGGGUUUACCAUUAAACCAUACUGGAGAAGCGUUUAACAAGCAGUCCUAUGCAUCACUGCCGCUUUCUAAUUACUGUGUAAUUUCCUUAGAAGAUGAAGUGACUAUGUUUCAAGAUGGGAACAAAUCUAAAUAUUGUCCAACUGUGGAUUAAAAAUUGUGCUUUUAUAGCCUUUGUCGAUGUGGUAGGUCAAACUGUGCGUGGUAAGUCUCCAACAGAAAAAAGCACAUUAGAAAACCUUAGUUUGAGGUUGCCUGGUUCGUGUAUGGACUCUGCUGAAGAACGAAGUUUCACGCUCGGUGUCUUGUUAGUGUCAGGUCAAGUGUUACAGUCAAACCUUACGACAGCUUUUGCUACUCUUGUACGUUGUGUAUGUGUAGUAACAGAUGCUCAGCAAGCAUUUGUUGCGAGGUAUUUAUUUAUUGUUUUGUAAGGACCACACGUGUGAAAGGCUCCUCACAGCAGCCUUUGAUGUCAUGUGUGAGGUGAAGUGACUAUUUGCCUCAUGAAUACAUUCUGCAAAGUGCAUUAUGCCUAUAGGUAGAGCUGGCUCCAAAGUGUUUCUGUUGGCAGACGUAGUAGAAUGUAAACGUAAGUCAUCUGUGAAAGAGAAUUUGCUGCCUGUAACAGCAUUUUGAAAUGCUUUUGUUUACAUGGUAUUGCCCGUCAGGCUAGGAACUUGCUUGGCUGUAACUGCAAGCUAACCUCAUUUAGAGAUGCGACGUGACGAGCUGUAGCUCUCGAAUGGGCAGAAGCGGGGGUUUGUUGCGGUUUUCAAAGGCCGCAACGCGCUGCGCCGCUCGCUGCGUGUGAGCGUACUGCGCGAGGCCUACCCGGGGCAGUUAGAAACCGCGCAGUGCCAACGGGGUUGUGCCUGAAGGACGACUUUCUCAUCAGCACUGGAACUGCAUGAGAGCUAUAGUCAAACACAGAAAAAGUUCGAUUUAAGAAGCAACUGUAUUUAAAUCAUUGUUUUCGGCAGUCCUUUUGAGUGAACUGUGAAAUUUAAGACUGAGGCAAUAACCUUGUUGAAAAAUCUUCCUUACAGCAUUAUUGUUUUCUUAAACUGGAAAAAUGGCACUGUAUCUAAUAUGAAGAGCUAACAACAUCCUGACUUAGCUAGCUGUUUUAAAGAACAAAUGUGUUUUUACCGUUAAAUAAAAAACUUCCUGAAACUUG